UUUUCCCUCUCUCCUCUAUGCGCCACGAACGCCAGGAGUGUGACACGUCAACGCGCGCGCGCUCACUCGCCUGUUCCCGUCAAUAACGAGAAGUUUGCGGUGAGUGCCAGCACUUUUCGCGAGCGCGAUUCAUUGUUCAGUUCGGACAUGGCGACAUCGGCGGGUCCGUAGAUGCGAGCUCGACGAAAUCGUCAUCAUUGCAGUCCAACAGUCAUCCCGUUGGCCUGUCGCCGCUAUCUUCGCUGAUCAACGCGGAUGAGGAGGCAAACUCGGUCGCGGAGUCGCUCUCUCCAGAAUGUCGUCGUGUCGAGUACCAAAUUAACCUGCUCACCUGUUUGUCCGCCCAUACACUUGCGUGCCGAUCAUUCGAUAAAUUUUUACCGUGACAAUGGACACUGACGAGAUUUUACGUAGAGUUUUCGGCACGAAUCUUAUCAUCGAACGCGCCACCGGGGCCAGACAAAACGAUGAUCAUCUUACAACAACCAGACCAUCACACAAUCUGACCCGGGUCAACGAUUAUAUUAGGAAAUCUUUGUUGAACUACACCUGGAAUUCUGAAGAUAACAGAGAAGGUCGUGUAGGCCCCAGUGUUGUUAGAUUCGACAUAUCUAUGCACCAUGGUCUCUGCAUCGUCUCUCCCGACCGGUUGAGUGUUAAUUCGCAAAGUCACUUCAGCACAAUACGAGCUAACGCUGCAGCCUUUGAGGGAAAAUGGAUGUAUGAGGUGCAACUUGGAUCUAAGGGAGUGAUGCAAGUGGGUUGGGCAACCACUCACUGCAAAUUUAAUCAACAAAUUGGAGUUGGUGAUACCGCCGAUUCAUAUGCUUAUGAUGGAAAUCGCGUGAGAAAGUGGAACAUAAACACGUACAAGUACGGCGAGUCUUGGUUAACGGGCGACAUCAUCGGAUGUGCGUUGGACAUGGACGACGGGACAAUAGAUUUCUACAGGAAUGGCAGAAGUCUAGGCAGAGCGUUCGAGAACGUACCGAUGGGCGUCGGAAUCGCAUAUUUCCCUACUGUCAGUCUGGCCUUCACAGAGAACUUAACGGCCAACUUCGGUUCUGUACCCUUCAGAUACCCCGUGGAAGGUUACCAACCAUUGCAGGCACCACCGACGACGCAAGUUCUACAAGUCACUCUUCUCUUCCAAUGGCUGUUUCAAGUGAUCGAAUUGUUGGAACACUUCAAGAACAUCGAUAAGCAAAACGUCUUGGUGGGGGACAAAACUAUGAGCACCCAGGCAUUUCUCAUGUGCCUGGCGAGAUCUAUCUUGAAACAUAUGGGCCCUCUGCUCACCGUCCCCUAUAUUACUGAAGCGGUCUUUGUGCCAUCUAUGCAAGCGUUGUGCAAUCUAAACACGAAGGACUGCACGAUGAUGAAGUCGUCGUUGUAUUCAAAUUUCUGCAACGCCAAGUUAAUCAUUUGUCUGGAUCUGUUGUGGACAUUCUUGGAGGAACAGGAAAUCAAGAUGUGUUUGGAGAACACGGUUCUCCAUUUGCUUUCCACAUUCAGACAUGUUUCCCGACUGCUCGAGUAUCCUGAUCAGUGCAAGAGCCUGAUGCUGCUGACCCGAAUCUGUCAGCAUACCGUUACACGUCAACACUUGCUGCAAUCUUUACUGUUCGAUCGCGUACGAUUCGCCAAUUUCGUGCAUGUUAAACCACUCGAUGAGGGUGGACUGGAGGACGUAGUAGAUAAGGUCUGGUGGGAGACAAAUCCCGUGGAUCCGACUAUUGAGGAGAAUAAGGCCGAUUAUCUUUAUGCUUGCAAGCGCAUCAAAACUGCCAUAUCUGAGGUAGAAGCAUUACAAGUUGAAUUGCUAGUCACUCUGCUGAAUAAUACUGACGGUACUGCAAAACAGCCGGCGUCGAGAACGAUCUUUUUGAGCAAGUUUAAACGCUUCAUUAAUGAGAACCUGAUAUCCAAUCGCACACCCUUGCCGAUCACAUUAUGUUGCUUUCAUCGACUUCUGGUUGCAUUCAGAAUUUUAUGGGACACUGAAAUUGGAACAAGCCCUGUCUAUGUACCCUGCAGGGCGUUCUACGAUGCAUCGAUCAAUUACACUGGAAUCGACAGACUCGGUGGCGUAAUAACCCACUUAAACAAGACAUUCAAGAACGAAUUGCUACGCCUCCUAGGUCCAGAUCAUGAGGUAAUCGUUGCCAUGGAACAGAUGGCUACGGCGCACGAACAAGCGUCGAGCACGUUCACGACCGCAACCGCCGCCGCCGUUGGCGCGGCCGCGAGACUGGCCGACCUACCCGUGGCGAUACCGGCCGCAUAUCCUCGCCUAAUUAACAUCAACCCGCCGAGCCAAGGUAGUUCUAUGAUACUGGAAAGAUUGGGAUUCUUUUCGCAUAGUAGAGAAGAUAGGACUCCAAUACGUUACGGUCCUGCAGAUCCGGCAGUAUCGUUGAUGGAAUUAUUAGACGGUAUUAUCUUGUUCUACCAUGUAUCGGCAAGGAAGCAGCUGGUCAAAGUGGCCAAUCUGCGAGACAAUAUGUCUGAGUUCAUAAACGCGAUCGCCGAAACCAAGGUGAGGCUCGAGCUCGUGAAAAAAGGAAUAACAAAAGACACGGGCGCGACGCGGCGAGAGCUGAUCCGCGCGAUAGAGGUGUUCAACACAAAGCUGUCGGAGCAAGCGAGACACAUGGCGUGGAUACGCGCGGUUGUCUACUCGGACGAGAAGCAGGCACAGUUGGCGUGGCUGCUGCGAGUGGUCACACUAACCCUGCAGACAGCCAGCCAGCAAGGCAACAUGUUUAGCUUCGUGCCCGACUUCUACCUGGAGACGUUGACCAAUUUAUGCGGCGCCCUCCGCAAUCUCGUGCAUCCCACCGCGCCGAUCGAAAACGUACAGGACUACCGGGAGUUGUUGCUGAAUAUCGCCGAGUUUCUGUGCAACCACUUCUUGGACCCGCGUAUAGUGCACGCCAACUCGAAGGACGUACUGAUACUGACACUCGCCGGAUUCGUGUCGCACCCGUUGACGUUGGAGGCAUUGGAGAACGUGCCACGCAAAAGCAGGAUAAAGGUUGUUAUGAAUCUACUGAAGCCAUACGAGAAUCGCGCCUGGGCACAGUCCAAUUGGGUGUUGGUUAGGUUUUGGCAAGGUAACGGAUUCGCCUUCCGUUACGAGAAGAGCCCGCAUCUGUCGAAGAAGGUCGGCCCGAAGUUGUUGCAGUACGAAUAUAUCUCGCAACCUAUAAAACCGUGCCCGUCCGCGGUUUAUCAAGCGCACGUGAGAGAUGUGCUGCUUGAACAUCCACAGGCAACCACGCGGUUCCUAAACUCCUUGUUGAAUCAACUGAACUGGGCGUUCUCCGAAUUUAUCGGAAUGGUGCAGGAAAUUCACAACGUGUCGUCGAGGCCAGAGCGAGUAUUCAUUGAAUCUAGACAGUUGAAGAUUUGCGCCACAUGUUUCGAUCUCGCGAUCUCGCUGCUCCGAGUGCUGGAGAUGAUUUCCACGGUGGCACCGAGUGUUUUCAACGAUCCCGCGCAGUCCUCCAGCGAGACUUUAUUAGCCAGAUUGUGUCAGUUACUCUGCCAGGUGUUGAACCGGAUGAGCUCGCAGACCAGCUGUUUCCAGCAUGUAGUGCUACUAGAGAUACCGGAUCUAGAAUCAGUAGAUCACUUUCCCAUAUUAGCCGCUGUUAUCGGUAUCCUGCUGGCAUUGCUCGAGAAUGAGAUGUCCAUUUUCGCAGCGAAACCUACAAUCGAAGUGCCGAAAAUUACGCGAAGCUUAUUGACAGAACCCAGCUUCCAGCUCAGCUCUCUGUACUUCGUCUUGGGUGACACGAAGUUGAAAAACACAAAGACGAAAAACAUAAAAUCGUUCUCUCUCUCGAACUAUCAAGAAGAUGUAACGGCGAUAGAAAUCGACCGAGUGAGAGAAAUGAUAAUAUACCUCGACACAUGUCGCACAUUGUUACCAGAAUCCAAAAUGAUAAGCGACGACGAUGACAACAUUUGCACGAUUUGUUACGCGUUCCCAAUCGCCGCGACGUUCAAGCCGUGUAAUCAUCAAACUUGUCGCACUUGCAUAGAUCGACAUCUGCUCAACACCAGAGAGUGCUUCUUUUGCAAGACGACCAUAGAAAAAGUCAAGGAUCUUAGCGGGAACAAGUUGCAUGACUUUACCAAUAAAUUCGCAACCUCGAAAGAGACUUCUUGAUCCAGCGACACGUGUAUUUCGAAAAUCGUGUAUACUGUACUAAAAAAAUUCUAUUAAAAUUUCGAAAUACUCUCAAUGCAUCGUGCAUUGAGCACCAAACAAAACUGCCGUAUAAUUUUAAUUGUAUGACGAUAACAAAUUUUCUCCGUCUGUAAAGAUUAGAAUCAUAAAUUGAAAACGGCAACGAAAUGUAAAAAGAGUAUCAAAGAUAUCUUUAUUUAUAUUCACAACAUACUUAUUAUAUUAUUGAGCACGUUUCUCAACGGGAACGGGAAGACUUCGGUCUUUGUUCUCAUGUUAUUACGUAAAAAAUUAGUUUUGCGUAUGACUUCCGUGUACGAGUCAAUCGGUUAAAAAGAACUUAUUAAUAAAAAUGUAUAUACAUCA